AUGCGCUUGGGAGAGAAACAGCCCGCUACCGUCAACGGCAGCUUGGGCUCCAGUAGCACAGCUCUGCAGGACCUAACAAAUGUGCCCGAGAACCCAGCAGCUGCGAUUAAGACUGCUGAUAUCAUAACAAGAUGCCGCGAGGCUGUAUCUACUCCCUUCACAGCCGCCUUCAUGGCGGGCGGCGUAGCUGGCGCAGUCUCUCGAACAGUUGUGUCCCCACUCGAACGAUUAAAGAUCCUUUACCAAGUUCAAGGCGCUGGCCGCAACGAAUACAAGCUUCCAAUCCACAAAGCGCUGAAGAAGAUGUGGGUUGACGAAGGUUGGAGAGGCUUCAUGCGAGGAAACGGCACCAAUUGCAUACGAAUCGUACCCUACUCUGCUGUGCAGUUCGGAAGCUAUAACAUCUAUAAACGUUUCGCCGAAUCAUCACCAGGGGCUGACCUUGACCCUCUGAUGAGAUUGAUUUGCGGAGGAUGUGCUGGUAUCACCUCUGUCACCUUCACAUAUCCCCUCGACAUCGUCCGUACACGGUUGUCCAUCCAGACUGCCUCAUUCGAAACCUUGGGAAGGCACCAAGGAAAGCCUCCAGGAAUGUGGCCCACUAUGAUCAAGAUGUACAAGACCGAGGGAGGCGUUCUCGGGCUGUACAGAGGCAUCAUUCCCACCGUUGCCGGCGUCGCUCCCUACGUGGGCCUCAACUUUAUGGUCUACGAGUCGGUGAGGAAGUAUUUCACGGAUCCCGGCGAGAAGAAUCCAGUUUGGUAUAUGAAACUUGCCGCCGGAGCCAUUUCGGGGGCAGUCGCGCAAACUUGCACAUACCCAUUCGAUGUCCUAAGGCGAAGGUUCCAGGUCAAUACUAUGCAAGGCAUGGGCUACCAAUAUACGACAAUUGGCGGUGCGAUCAAAAUGAUCAUCAAGCAGGAGGGUGUCUUCGGGCUUUACAAGGGCAUCGUGCCCAAUCUUUUGAAAGUGGCUCCGAGUAUGGCCAGCAGUUGGUUAUCAUAUGAAGUUACGAGGGACUUUUUGGUGAGCCUCGAUCCGGGUGCAGAAGACCCUAUAUGA